AUGCCCAAAUGCGACCUCAAAACGAGAUACAUCCCCGCGACUUUCGCCUGGACUUUACUAUUGGGCACAACGUCCCUGUUUUUUUAUUUUCCUUGCCAAUACUAUCUGCACAAGCACCCAUGGGUACCAGCAUAUCAAGGUGUCAUAACAUUUUUUGUUUUGGCCAAUUUUACACUGGCCACUUUCAUGGACCCGGGGGUGAUACCAAAAGCCCCACCUGACGAAGACCGCGAGGAUGACUUCCGUGCGCCGCUGUAUCGCAGCGUGGAAAUAAAUGGUAUAACGGUUCGGAUGAAGUGGUGCGUCACCUGCAAGUUUUACCGACCGCCGCGCUGCUCACACUGUUCUGUCUGUAAUCAUUGUAUAGAGACAUUCGAUCACCACUGCCCGUGGGUGAACAACUGCAUAGGUCGGCGGAACUACAGAUUCUUCUUUUUCUUUCUUAUUUCACUCUCCAUACACAUGCUGAGCAUUUUUGGCCUCAGCCUGUACUACAUCAUGAACCACAACAAAACGCUCACACAGGUUGAGCCCAUUGUGUCAAUGGUAAUAAUGGGUAUAAUAGCCCUUUUAGCGAUCCCGAUAUUUGGUUUAACGGGUUUUCAUAUGGUGCUAGUGUCAAGGGGACGGACGACCAACGAACAGGUGACGGGCAAAUUUACGGGCGGAUACAAUCCUUUCUCAAGGGGAUGUUGGUCCAAUUGUUGUUAUACGCAGUUUGGACCGCAGUAUCCUAGUCUAGUCCGGCCAUCAAAGUACAUGUACAAGAGCAGUAAGAAACGGCGCGAAAUGACCGCGAUGAACGCGGGCAUAGCGACGAUAGCGUCGGGCGCGCAGGUAAAGACGUAUACGGCGGACAACGGGGCCGCGCAUCGCCCGCUCGGCGCGCACGCGCACUACAAUAAGCUAUCCCCUGGGCGCGACGAGCACGAAGGUGAGAUGGAGGGGCCCGGGGCUUCGCAGUCGGCGGAUUGCGAGCCGACGCCCCCGACCCUGCAGCGACGGGGCUCUUCGGCCAACUUGUUCCCGGAGCCCCACCAUCAUUUACCACCGCGGCCACACCACUAUCCGCGGUUGAGUCCGCUCUCUAGGAAUACUAGUCACGGUGGUACAACCACAUCAGGUUACCGUGUGGUGAUGGAGCCCCUCCGCUACGACCCGGGCUCCAAUGGUGGGGCCAGGCCCUCCCCUACAAUGCAGCAGAGGAUCAAAGCUCUCGGCGUGCCCACGCCUUUAGCGCUCAGUAGUCCUGUGCGCAGGUCCAACCCGGGCACGCCCACGCAGCCGCGCCGGCCUGACUUCAUCGGGGUGCGGGGCUCGCCGCAGCGGAGGUUCCUCUCCGAGGGCGAGCUGCUGCGUGACGCGGAGGACAUCCGCGAGCUGGCCGCUUCCCCGCAGCGCGGGGGCUACACGUGGGCCGAUCGCGCCCCACCGCACGCCCCGCACCCUUCGCACCCCUCGCACCCCACCCUCCCGCAUCCCGCGCCCUCGCCCCUGGCCCGCCGCCGCGCGCCCCACUCGGCGGUACCACGCCCUACGCGCCCCCUCUCCUUCGUCCGGGCCCUUGAGGUGCAGGAGCAGCUCGAACGCACGCAGCAGCCCGAGCCCCCCGAUCGCGCCUCGGUCUACGACUGCAACUACGAGAUCUCCGUCUGA